AUGACGAAGAAACAAGUCAAAAAUCGUAUGGUCCAAUCGGCUCGUCAGGUUUACAAUCAGAUCUAAGAGGGACCAUAACGUAAAAUCGUUUCAGAAGGUACCGGUGAAGCAGCAAGCGGCGAGAAACAGUGGCGGUCUUUCGGGGACCGCGGAACCGAUGGAGAUUGGGCAGAAGGUGAGCGGGAUCGUCCCACGGUCCCAGUCGAUGAGUUGUCGAUCUUCAGGUCGUCCGAAAACGAGGAAGACCAUGUAAAGUGAAAAAGGGACCGGUCGGUCAGAAGGUUCCACCUGCUCAGAAGGGACCAGUUGAUCAAAACGGACCGCCUGGUCAAGAGGGACCACCCGCUGAAGAGGUGAGAACUUUGAAAAUUUGGUUAGGCUGACACACUUUUCGGUAAAAUCAAUCAUCUUUGUGAACCUUUAUAUCUCGGGAUCCGACGAAUAUUUCAAAAAGUGGUCAACAAGAAAGUUGUUGCAAAUUUUGUACUCUACAAUAUUCUAAUUGAUUAUUUUGUACGAAAACUUGUCAUUUUUGAGUUAUGGCCUAGUUUCUAAACAGUAUCUCAUUGGUCUUUGGAUUUAGUGGAUACUGUUUAGAAACUAGGUCAUAACUCAAGAAUAACAAAUUUUCGAACAAAAUGAUCAAUUGCAAAUUUGUAGAGCAACAAAUUUGCAACAACUUUCUUGUUGAUCACUUUUUAAAAUAAUCAUUGGAUCUCGAGAUAUAAGGGUCCAAAACAAUCAUUCAAAAAUUGACGAUUAUUUUCAGGGCGAACUUCCGAUCUACGAGACAACAUGGAAGGUGAUCCGAGAGGUUUUCGCGCCGGCGGCCACCAAAGACACGCACUGCUCGUUGAAGAUUGCGGAGAACAAAAAGAUCAAGGAAGAAAAAGAGGCGGCCGAACGGACCGCCAAGGGACUCGGUCCCAAGCCGGCGGUUAGUUAUCGAAGCAAAUUUCUUUGAGCUUUUUUCAAGUCGAACAUUUUUAUUUCAGGAUCCUCCCGUCUACGAUGUCAUAUAUGAGCCGGAGACGGAUUCGAACCCGGGCUCAGGCUCGGAGGACUCGGAACCAGAGGAGGAGCAAGCGGGACCCGGUCCCAGUAGCCCAUGCCCGGCUUCGAUGGAUCAAGAAAACCUUCAAAGACCAACCAGGUCACCGGGACCAUCGAGCAAGAGGGAUCGGAUAUCUGGUCCCGGGAGUUCAUGCUUGGCUCCGAGGGACCAAGAAAACCUUCAAAGACCAAGCAGGUCGCCGGCUAGAAGGGACCGGACACCGGGAUCAUCUGGACCACCAUCACGUUCAGCCUCGUCGUCCAGAACCAAGAGGGACCAGGAAGUUGGUCGAGGGGACCGAGCGGUAAGGGACCAGGUUCAUUUGAGCUUAAGUAUCUAGUCACAGAGACGUGAUCGUGAAAAAUGAUCAACGAGAAAGUUGUAGAGCUUGAAAUUCUCUUUCAAUUUGUUUUUUAAUAAAAAUUUGUAUUUCAGCCGACCCGUGCCUCCCGAUCAGAGGCUAGAAGGGAUCCGAACGGACCGACCCGCGUCUACGAAGGGCCGUCAUCGAGAUCAUCCUCAACCAAGCGGGACCGGAUUCCCAAACUGCUCCGAAAAGCGCGGGACCCGGUGGUCCCAAUCGAUCAAGACGCCGAAGCAGAAUUGAUGCUUCAGAUGGCGCCGGUCGUCGAGGCGGCGCCGGACGACCAGGAUCCGGAAGAGUACGAGUUGGGGAAGGACCCGACGCUGGUCCGGUUCGCCGGUUUCCGUGCGACGCCGCCACGUCACAGCGGAUAUUCAAGAUCUCCGAGACGACGGAACCAGUGGAGAACGAGGCAGAUUCGGGAUGAUCUAGUGGGACCAUCGGCUCACGAGGUGCAGAGCGAUCCACUUGGAGACGAUGUCGAGAUGGAAGACGUCCAGAUUCUUUCUCCGCCGGUCCAGGUAGAUCAGGAGCCAUUCGAAGACAAUGUCAAUAUGGAAGAAGAAUACGUUGGAUCAGAUCCAAGGUUCCACGACGAUCAGAUGUUCCCAGAAGCCCAGAUUCCUUCACCGCCGGUCCAGGUAGAUCAGGAGCCAACCGGAGACGACGUUGAGAUUGAAGAAGAACUAGUUGGAUCAGCUCCACGGUCCCCCGAAGAUCAGACGGUUCCAGCAGCUCAGGCUCAAGUCCCAGAAGUCCAGAUCGGUGCUCCGCCAGCCCAGGCAGAUCAGAUAGUCCCAGCUGCUCAGUCCCAGGUCCCAGACGUCCAUAUUCCUCCUCCGCAUGCUCCACAGGGACAAGGGGCUGUGGUCCCAGAAGCUCAGGAGCUACACGAAGACGACGUUGAGAUGGAAGACGAACCAGUCGGAUCAGCUCCAGGGUCCCCUGUAGCUCACAGAGCUCCAGCAUCUCCGUUCCAAGUCCCAGAAGUCCAGACUCCUCCACAGCCUGUCCAGGAAGGGUGGAUGGUCCCAGCAGCUCAGGAGCCACAUGGAGACACGGAGAUGGAGGCCGUUGAGGCUCUGAUGGCGCUUCAAGGUCAAGGACUCGCUCGAGCCGAUCCACAGGACCCAGAUGAAGAUGCUCAGACGGCCCAGGAAGAUCAUAUGGAUUCAUCAGCUCAGCAGUCACUCGAAGUCAUCGAGACAAGAGAUCCAGAAGUUCCGAUUGAUGUGGAGGAGCAAGAACUCGCUCCACAAGUGGCUGAACCUGAAGCGGACCCACUAGACCAAGAUCCAGCGGAUCCACUGGCGCAGGAAGAUCAAACGGUUCCACCAGCAGAGAUGGCACACGGAGACGACGUCGAGGUGGAAGACGAACAAGUUGGAUCAGCUCCAAUGUUCCCUGAAGAUCACGUUCAAAGCCCAGAACUCCAGAUUCCUGCACCGCCGGUCCCAGAAGCUCAGGAGCUACACGAAGACGACGUUGAGAUGGAAGAAGAACCUGUUGGAUCACCUCCAAGGAUCCAGGAAGAUCAGAAGGACUCACCAGCUCAAGUGCCACUCGCACCCUUCCAGAACGAAUCUCCAGAAGCUCAGAAUGCGAUAGAGGAGCAAGGAGUCUCUUCAGAACUGUCGGGACCUGAAGCGGAUCCAGCGGAUUCGCCAGCUCAGGCGCCAGUUGAAGAAGUCGAGAUGAGAGAUCCAGAAGCUGGGUCUGCUUCGGAGGAGCAAGGAGUCGCUCAAGAAGCGGUUGGAGCUCAAGCGGAUCCACCAGUCCAGCAGCAGAUCGAAGAAGUCGAAGCUCCAGAAGUGGCCGGAGCUCGAGCGGUCCCACAAGACCAAUACCCAAAUGAUCCGAGGUCCGAGGAAAAUCAGAGAGCUCCACCAGCUCCACCAGCGGUCCCACAAGAACCACCAGCUCAACCACCACUCGAAGCCGUUCAAAUUCAAGCGCCUGCCGCUCCGAUGGCUGUGGCUGAUCGUCCAGGACCACCACUGAUUCCAGGACUGCCCAGGGCGCGAGCCAGACCCCAAAAACCACGAGAACCGGUGUUUUAUGAUGUAGGCACUCGAAAAUUGUCCGACAUUUGCACAAAUUGCAUGGUUUCAGGUGCUCGAUCCACAGGACUACGAGGCGGAUCCACCGGCGGGGAGGACCGACGCAGUGCGCACGUGGACGGUUCGUUUUUUGCAAAAAAAAACAUGUCUAGAAAACGAUUGCAGUCAACCAAUUCGUUGUUUCUUUCAGUGCGCCGACGUGUCCGAAUGGUUCGACGGGAUCGCCGACGAUACAGCGAGGAACGUGGUCCAGAGGGCGCUCAAAAUAGAGGGCGUCGACGGUGGAUCCCUCCAGGACUACUUUCUCACGGAUCCGAACGCCAAUCGGUACGAGAUACCGAACAGUCAAUGGCGCCGCUAUCAGAACUUUGUGAGGGUGGCGAUCAACCGGAGCCGCCAGUUUCACUACGAACGGACGCUCAUGGAGUACGAGCGGUCCCAGCUGGAUCGAGCGAGCACUUAG